CUUUCUCUGUCAAAAAAGAUUUUUUCCGCAGUUUCCAUGAAAAUCAAUCUGAAAUCAAUCUGAAUCCUACUCAUACUAAAUAAAUCAAUCCAUUCAGUUUCAUUUCUCCCUUUCCUAAUUCCCUCAUGAGCUUCCGCAAAUGGGUUCACUCUCUCUGUACUCCAUCACUACCCUGUUUGUCAUCUUAGCAGCCAUCAUUCCUUCCGUGGAUGCGGAAGAUGAUGCAAGGUUUGCAGAGUGCAGUCGACCCUUUAGCUGUGGAAUCUUCAAAAACCUUUCUUUUCCAUUCUGGAGCGACACUCGACCUCAGUACUGUGGGCAUGAGGGUUACAAACUCAAAUGCAAUGGAGAUGGUCGGCACCCUGUUAUAGUCAUCAAGGAGCGUGAGUUUCAAAUCCUUAGAAUCAAUCAAUCAGCCCAACCCCAGAUGAUGACCCUUUUCCGGCUGGACUCCGGCAAAGAUUCUUGUCCUACGGCCUUGAGUUACAAUCUCUUUAGGACUGCUAAAACAGUUGUGAAUGUGACUCUGCUUCGCUACUGCUCUGAGUCUGACCCCUCAUGGGAAAGGAUAGAAGCUUCUCAUAAAAUUCAGUGCACUGUUGAUGGUGAACCGAUCUACUUGUUAUUCUUGCGGGAUAACGAGACCCAUCUUGUGGAUUGUCGAGAAAAAGUGGAAGUUCCGGUUCCAAAGGAGGCUCUUAAUCAACUCAUUUCAGGAACUAUGAGUUUGCGUAAAGCCUUGAUGACUGAGUUUAACGUACAGUAUCUUGCAUACGAUGAGUACUGUUUGAAAUGCCAGGGCUCUGGUGGAAGAUGUGGAUCCGAUCAGAUUUCUUCACUGUCAUUUGCUUGCUAUUGUCGCGACCAACCUUAUGAUAUAACAUGCGGUACCGCACAUUUAAUCUUCCUUUCAACUAGAGUUCUUAUUUUAUACAGAUUCUUAGUUAAUAAUAGUUAUUAGUCCACUGAAAAUUGAAAAAAUAUACCUUAGAUUGGCCUACUUUGCUUCGUUUCUUUGCAUUUUUCACACGGAGCUAGUUAGUUUUUUCCCUAAGGGGGUAAGGUCUACAGGGAAUUUAUGUCAAAGGUAGAAAUCUCAGGUUAAAUUAGCAGUUUUACUGUAUUUUCAUUAACAUUUUUAAGAAACAACUUCAGUAGUCCUCUUCUGUUCUUCAUUUUUCCUUCUGUGUGACCACUAGCUCCUGCCAAGUUUCUAGCUCUUCAAUGAUUCAUUGCUUUUGACAUUUAGUGCAUUGGUGGGUCUGCUUUUGAUGUAGAACUCAUGCCUGCUUUCAACAUGUCAAUGGUCCUGAGCCCUCAUGGACUGGAUUUUUCCAGCCAACCUUGUGUCAAU